CCAUCUCUACCGGCUUUAUUGUUUACAAUUUUUGUUGGCUAAUUUUUUGUAAAAUAAUAAUGUUACAAUAGCGACGGGCGUCAAAUAAGUCCACGGCAUUUACAGGUGUAACAUAAACCACAGAAUAAAGUUUUACAAUGACUUGUGAUACCACCGAGGCCCUUGUGGCGCACAUGUGUGAGCUGGUCCAAUUCUAUAUGCUGCCGGAGCUGAAGGACGAUCUGGAUAACAUUCAAUUGGAGGCGUCGCAAUUUGAGAGCUAUCAUUCCCUUCUAAUGGUAGAUCUGCCCAAGCUGUACGAUUUGGUGCAGGAGUUCCUGCAGAAGACUGGUGACACAGGACACGAAGAGUUGAGGGUGAAGCUCCUCCUGCUGAUUUGCGAGCUAACAGCAGCUCCCACAGUUUACCAACUGAAGGAUGAUUCUGGAAACCUCUUAAAAAACGCCCGUGAGCUGGCUACGAAGCUCACAUUUAAAUGGUGGGAGUCCACAGAUGCCCAAAUCUUGAAAUACUACGAGCAAAAACUCCACAGGGAUUGCUGGAAGAAACAACUAGGAGCAGUGCAUGGAUUUGCCAAAUACCUGGAGCUCCGAUACUCGGAAAAAUCCAGAAUGCCCACACGAAUGCUGGCCUUCGCCUUAUCAGUGGGUCUCAAUGUGCGGGAAUGCUAUGAUCCGGCCUACAAACAACUGGGCGUCAAGAUCUUCUCAGUGAUGCUGAAAUUUAGCGAACCGAAAGAUAUUCAAGAGCUUAAUGUGCACAGCGUGAUCUAUGACCAUUCCCUCAAGGAUGCCUACAACAUGGAGUCAAUUGAAGCUAUAGACUCCGUUUGGAAUUGCUUGUACUUAUGCCUGGAUCACUUUGUAGACCUGGAUGCUUUUACGUGGAACCAAUGCGACGACAUGCUGGACCGACUUAUCCAAAAUGUAACCAUGGCCUCUAGCCCAAAAAUCUCCGUCUGCCUGCUGCAGUUCAUUACUCGACUGGGCUACUAUUUCACCAUCAACCGGAGCGAUGUGGAAGCUGCUCUGGCCACAGAUCUUAGUCAGCCAGAUAAGUUGGCGGCAUGUCGGGAAGAGUGCCUUGCUCUGAACGCUAGCACCAGCUAUCGUUGGGCCAAGGCCAUCCUCCAAAUGCUCGUCCUUGAGUCGGAUAAGCUGCUCCAAGGCGUUGAAGUGUGUACCGAGCUGCUGGAGCAGAUGCUCAGAUGCUUUCUAGUAUGCAUCCUGCCCAUUCCGCUGCAGGCCUUGCACUCGCACCUGCCCGAGUUUUACGGAAAGUUUGUGGCUGUUCUAAUGGAGUGCCUGGUUGCCCAUGAGCGGGCACCUUCAGUUCUAAACCUCGUUUUGCGCUUCACGGAAGUCUUCAGCUUUCAACUGGAAAACUGCUCAACGCAAAAGAUGCCAGCUGGAUUAGAAGAGUUUACGGAGGCUCUGACAAUUAUACAUCGCAAGAUUUUUGAAUAAAUAUGACAAAUUUAUACUAUGUACCGAUCAACUAA